AUGAACGACGCUGAAGCAGUUGCACUGUCUGCAGUAGAUGGAUCUCCUACACCAGAAAACGUUGUACCUCAGACAUCUCAAGUGUCCCUAACAUUCCUCCUCGUCUCUGGCCGAAGGCGGACUAUGUCGUUCGAUCCAGCAAUAACAAUUGGAAGGGUCAAAGAACUGGUAUGGAACGCGUGGCCCGUAGAUUGGCAAGAUGAAAGUCCCCAAGCCCCAUCGCAUUUGCGAAUUCUUUAUUUAGGCAAGAUUUUGCAAGACGAGGACACUCUUACUCAUCUUGCAUUUCCAACUUCUUUACAGUCAGAUUCGGCUUCCCUGCCCACAAUCGUUCAUCUUUCUAUUCGCCCCUCGAACACCUCAACGGUUGAUGAUACUAUGAAGAAAAGACGUCUUAGCAAUGCAUUUUCCCGUAGGGGAACAAUAAACAACGACGCAGCGAUCGUGCACGAAGGUGCCGAUAAUACCGGAUCGGGAUGUUGUGGAUGCGUUAUUUGCUAA